GAUAUUAAAAAGUGCAUCGAAGUUUUAUUGUAUAAUAUGUAUGUCAAGGAAAUGAUUGCAUCUACGCAUUAAGAUAAAUACAUGUAACUAUCUAAAUUUAUAAUAGGCUGAAGAAUGGGAAUUCCAAGCAUAAGCAAUCUUGUACAGAAGAACCCAAGCUUUUGGACGAUAUCUGACUUCCAAGACAUAAGACUGGUGAUCGAUGCUAACUGUUUAGUCGAAUUUCUUUAUAAAUAUCAAGAUAUUGAUACCAUUGGUAAUUAUAAUGAAUACACAGAAAAAGUAGAAAUAUUUUUUAAAUGGCUUCAAACCCGCAGGAUAACACCUUUUGUUGUUUUUAGUGGAGCUCUUGGUAUGGAUGACAAGGAAAUCGGAAUUGUAUUAGGCAAGACUAAACAUCGGAUUGGAAAACCAGACGAAGGUAUGCCAAUUCUUGCCAAGCUUACUUUCAUUAAUGCAUUAGACAAACUUAGAAUCAACUACGUAAAUAGUGAUUUUGAAGCUGAUAGAGAUAUACAAAAAUUAGCUAACGAUUUGAAAUGUCCGGUGUUGUCGGCUAAUAGUGACUUUUUUGUCUUUGAUGUCCAGUUCGGUUACAUACCAUUCGAUUCACUUCCGUUUAAGUCAAUUUUGAAUGGAGUAAAAAAAUCCUUUGGUGAAAUCAAAACAUAUUUCUAUAAGAACUUAUUGAAGAAAUUUCCUUAUUUAACGCAUAAAAUGGCGCUACUUGCUACAGCGCUCGGUAACGAUAUCUUUCCCAAAAAUUCAAAAGCGCUACAACUAGCCUACCUCAGUGCUAAUUUUAGACUUCCCGAGUGUAUGGCAAUAACUUCAGAUGUAUUAGAAACGCCAUGUGAACGUUCUAGUGAAACCUUUUUUAUUACAACAAGAAAGAUUUUAUAUUGGAUAAAACGCUGUAAAGAUGUUGAAAGAGGGAAAAAACAGUUGCAAUAUUUCUGUAAGGAAGACAAGAAAGAAGAGAAAAAACUCUUCCGGUCCAUAGAGGUAUAUACAGAAACUGGAAACUAUACGAGUUACAACCUUCAUGACCUUAUUCAGAGAAGAAAUGAUAAGGGUUUCUGUCGAUCACCAUUUCCAUUCGGUAUUAGAAAGUGGAUAAUUGAACAUCACCGCAGGGGUAAAAUUCCAAACUUUAUAAUUAACACAAUAAUACACCAGAGAAACAUUUUUAUGUGUCAACUAGAGGGUACACAUGAUACCUCCUCCCACGACUGCAGCCUGUCAAUUCGAGAGGUUAUAUAUGCCGUAUUGGUUGGAACUGAAACCACCAUUACAGAAUAUGAUCGACAAGAAAAGAGUUUAUGCAAAGUUUUAAGAAAAGGAGUUAUUAGUACUACAGGAAUACUCAAAGAUUUGCAUAUUCCGGAAAUGAUGUCUGCAGUAAAAAUCAAAAUAUUGAGCUCGACUUUGUGUUGUUCAGUACCUUCUGAUAAAGUCAGCGGACAACUCGAACAAACACGCCUAUUUUUGAUGAUUACAGCCUAUUGGACAAGGGUCGCUGAACCGUCUGUUAACACCAACUUCAUCAAAUCUGUUCUCAUUGGUUACGUUUUAUUUUCUGCACGACACAAAGAAUUUCAACCUGGUACCAAAAUAAUUGGAAGGCUUGAAAACUUGUCCGCCGAGGUAACAAAGUAUGCUGAUAGACGUAUAAAAUCGUACCGAGAUUUUGUACAGAAUAUCACAUAUACAUUUUCACAGUUUCAGUCUUGUAUUUUAUAUACAACUCAUCUUAACAGACUUUUACAAUGUCCACUCGAAAAUGUUAAUCCUGCUAUUGUUUACAAUGGCUCAUUUCUACACAAAAUGUAUUUUAUCCUGAAUGAGAAUGACCGGUAUGAGAAUGAUGAUAUCAUUGAAAAACAUUUAUAUGGGUGUAACGUAUAUGUUUGGUUAAACCAGAUGUUAUAUUUUUUGCAAGAGAACGUUUACAUAAAAAGUGCAGAAGUUGCAGCGAAAAUGUGAGAGAUAAGAUGACAUUCAUUGUAAUA